AUUGGAUCGAGAGUGUGUGAUACUAGCCCCACUAUAUUCUAAACCUACCGAGUGACAUUGUCUUUGUCUUUGUGUUUGUAGGUAACUUGGAUGCCUCCUAUUACUCGAUCUAACAAGAUGGGGGACAUCCAUGAGGAGGAAGUAGGGAAGGGUGCGGGCUCAAGUAAUUCCAAACCCGAAGAGGAUCUAGUGAGCAUGAUGUCCCAAAUGAUGGAAGAGUUUAGUCGUGAUCUCAAACAAGAGAUGAGAGAAUGAGAUGCCCGAAUGGAUGCCCGGAGGAAGGAGUUCGAGACCCGAUGGAAAUCCAAUCAAAACAUCUUGGUUGGAGCCUUAAAGGAGGUCCGUGCAUCAAGAUCCGUCGCUCCUAAAAGUGACCAUCUACAUCUCAAAGCUUCCGGUAUAGAACAUAUAGUGUCGAGGGGCAAUGGAGGCUAUAGGAAGUAUGAUGGCAAGGAGUGUGGAAUGAAUGAUGAUGAUAGAGGUGACUAUGAAUCAAGGUACCAUGAAGAUGGACUUGAGAGGGGAAGUAGAGUGAAACGAGAUUCCAUUUCUCAUGGAGAGUGACAUUCUAGGAGGGUGAGAGAUCAUGUUAACCAUAAGAGGUUUGAGAGGCCAAUUAAAGAAGAAGACCCAUAUAGUGCUCAAUUGAGGCCUACCUACCCACAUGGUGGUGUUGAUACAAACCAAAGAGGUAACUCAUCAAGUCAUUUUACUACAUCCUCUUCUUUCCAUUUCUCACAUAAGCCUCUUGAUGUAUAUGGAAAUGUCUCCUCUUCGAUGAGCUUAAACCAAAUUAGUAGAGAAAAAGAACGAGAGAGAGAGAAAAGGCUUGAGAGUAAAAGUGAGUCUAAAAAGCCAAGAGAGCGUGAUAAAAGACAAGAGUGUGAGGUGCAAAAGUCAAGAGAGAGUGGUGGAGGUGAGAGAAAAGAAAACUAUCAAAGCACAAGGGAGUAAAGGGUGCUUGUUAGAUUCUAAGGCCAACCUUGGGUGGGCACCAAAUGAUCCUUUGCCUCUUGCCCUUGGUGAGGAAAAUAAGCCCUUACCCACUAACACUUCUUCUAUGUCUUUUCGUGUUGAUGAAUUUGUAGGAGAUUUAAUUGAAGACAUGGAAGUGAAACAUGAAAUUGCACAUGGCUUGGAAACUAUGCUCCCGGAGAAGGAUAAAGAGGAUCAAGGGCAAGUGGGUGAACUCCUUGCCCAAGGUGUGCGGAAUCCGGAUUUGAGGGCAAAUCCUUUCCAAGAAGGGGAGAAUGAUAUGACCAUGAGUGCUAGACAUCAAGUGUUUUCACCUCGACGUGAGCCAUGGAUUGAUUGGGGUCCAAGGAAGAGAGUGAAGACGUGCCAAGGAUUCAAUAAAGCUAGAGGGUCUCCCGAGGGUGCGAGGAAUAGAGAAGGCUUGGAUUUGAGGACAAAUCCUUUCCAAGAAGGGGAGGAUGAUACGAACAUGGAAGCCGUGCGUCAAGGAUUUCAACUACAGCUGGAUUCAACCAGAAACCGUCCUAUCGAGAUGAUAUCCGAAAGCUAUGAAACUACCACCAUCGUUUUCGUCUUGGAAAUAGCUUCGCGUGGGUAUCUUUCACAUCUCAAUCGGAGUCCGGAUGAGGGAGUUAUGGUGGUUUUACAGAAGUUGCGUAGAACCGGUGAGGGAGUCCAGAGAGAACACCCGGGCGGGUGUUUUUCACCCUGCAAUUCACCCGACCGGGUGAAUCACCCGAGACUUAGUUUUUGAGGGCCUUUUUCCACAUUUUGGGCCCUUAGUAUAAAUACCUUUUGGUGUCAUUUUUCAUUCUAGAUUGAGAUAAGAUUGUGAUUGAAGUUAUCUCCCUAGUGAGUUUUUCCUCUUUGAGGAAUGUAUCCAAUUCCUUCCUUGAAGGUUGCUUGUUUCAAUUCCAUAGAUUGAUUCAAGUAGAGGUAUGCAUCAAUGAGGUGUAUCCAUUGAGUAGUGGAGCCAAGGGGUGAUAGAGCUAUUGAAAGUUGCCUAGGGUUGUCUCUAUCUUUUUGGUUAAGGUCCUAUGGUUGUAGCUCUUUUAUCUUAUCAUUAUACACAUGCUUU